AUGUACUAUGGGCCCGGUCGGGAUCCUUAUUUGUUGUCUAAUUCGUUCCGUGAGACAAGCUUCUUCCGUUGGAUGGGUUCCCGGUUUUAUUCUGAUGUGACUCCGGUGCUACAGACGGGUCAAUGGUCACUGGAGAUGAGAAAAAUUAUCGCUGUAUUCCUCAUGGCCUCCAUAGGAGUGCUGCUGGUGCUUCUUAUGGUCCAAAUAAUACGGAAAAUAACCAGGUGGAAUUUUGGUCACGGAAGAAGAUGUGCCCUUGUUAUGGUGACUUUCGGUAGUGUUGGUUACGGCGUCUGGUUUGUUGUCAUGCAAGCAACUAAGCUGGAUGUUGAAGCUCCAGAGUGUGUUGCAGCCAAAGUAAUCUAUAAUAUUUAUUUUGGAUCGUUAAUCGAUACACCAAAUAUUGUGUCUUUGCACGACCCAGUUCCUAAGGCGCUGUAUACUGGGACGCGUGUGUCACACGAUAUUAAAAGUAAUGAUGAGAAGAAGAAUAGUGAUUAUAGUAGAGUAAUGAAAAUGGUAUCAGAACAGGGAUUGGAUGUCGGUGUUCGAAUAUUGGAAAAGUCCGAGAAGUUCCCAGGUCUGUCCGAAAUUGCACCCUUCAUGGAUUUAUUGACAGAUGCCUUCCAAGACCUGUUGGAGCGAAAUAUUAUUUACAACUCUCCUUUGGGGACUUUGAAGCUACCUUGGUCGCCGAUCUUGUAUACAGACCAUGCGCUGGCAGCCACUGAGUACGAGCUCUUUACGGACGAUGAUGGUGAACCAGUUACCUCACCUCUAUUACACCGACUAGCAGGCGGAAUCUACACCACCGGUGUCUGGGACUUCGGCUGGGUCUACAGACACCAGUUGCCCGUCGUGCAACUUUUCUCAAAGGAGAAGGUUCCGACCCAGGUUCAUGAUGCCCUCAAAGAAAUCAUUAACGCCGGUCAACAGUAUGUCAAUAAAGUCCGCAACAUCGAUAGUGCAGUCCUCAGCGUAGCUAACUUCCUCACUAGAUUCCUACUUGACCUCCUAGAUUUGAUCUACAAAAAAAACACACGAAUGCUAGACACCCGCUGUCUGGAUCCUGACUGCCCUACAUACCCUCCUGAGUCUACCACUGAUACCGCGUCUACCACUGAUACCGCGUUUACCACCGACAGUGCCGCCGACAGUGACAAUUCCCGGCGAUCUCUUAAUGGACGUCGUAUGGAUCAGGAUGCCAUUAGCCUGGCAGACGCCCAGAUAGACGAUAACUUUACCUUUCGCUUUCGAGAUUAUCUCCAGGCCCCGGGUUCGAAACCUAUCAUGUACAUCGUGGCCGUUUGCGUCAUUCUUGUCCCCCUGCUGCUGUUUGUCCAGGGCGUGAUCGCACUGUUCUACUACGGCACAUCUUUGCGACGAACGGGAAAUGCUUCCCGUAGAGCCGGGCAUAGAAGUGGCAGGAAUGGGGCUCGAACAAGCUUUACACGGCAAGUAUUACAAGACCCGCCGGAAGAUCGACUAGCUGAUAGAUUAAGCGUUAUUGAUGAAGAAGAGCUCCUGAACAGCUCAUCAGAUUCCAAUGAAUCCCCGAAUGGGAGACGUUCGUGUGCGAAACGUUCGUGUGCGAAACGUUCGUGUCCGGAAAAUGGUCGGUCUAAUUUUCUUGUCUGCUUUCGUACACCCGUCCGAUGUCUCGCAUACGUCAUACUUUUAAUCAAUGUAUCAUUGCUAGCUGGACUCGUAGUGCUCACAAUCUUCCUCUCAGGUCGCAUUUCUUCUUCUUGCCGGACCAUCAACAAUGAGCUCUUCAUCAAAGAUCGAUAUAAUUCGUACCCGUACCUUCGAAGCCUAGAUACCACUGAUAUAGAGGUGUGGAAAACAUGCAUGUAUAAUAACGCAACUGGGAACAUCCUUGCGAAUUAUUGGGAGCCAUGGAACAAAAGUUUCAAAACGUUCCAGAAUAUUUUGACGGAGAGCUUGGUGGUAUUCGGUCAAGAUAUAUUUAUGUGGUCGCCACAGCCGGUAUAUUCGGAUGAGUUCCGUUCAGCCAUUGAAGGGAUGGAUCCGGAGGAGUGGGCGUUGCCGGUUCCUGAUUUAGAAGGUUCGGAUGUCUAUCGGGCUGGUCCGCCCAUAGUGUGGGCAAGUUUUGAAAGCAAGUCAUUUGAAGACCUGAACGACCCAGUGAUUAAAGCUACAUUGACACAAUACUGGGACAAGUACUACGUCAAGUAUUACAACUCCACAUUCGGAGGCACUCGUCGUCUAGAAAGUCGCCAUGUCGGAGAUAGUCGUCGCCCCGGUCGCAGCGCGGCGGCGGGGGUGGUGCGACGUUUUUACGGACCAGGGGAGACGACUGCGUACAUGCGGAAGUUAGUUGGCUCGUGUGAAAGUGCACGAGUGUGUGUCGAAUGGGAUGUGGCUUGUAUCACCCGUUUGCUUGCGGCCCGGCGCGACCCGAUCGUGUUGGGCUACAGCUACAUGCCCGUGGAGUUAUUCACCACCAUCCGAAACAUGGGUCGUGGAUCAACGAACUGGGACCCAGUAACCGACGACGAAGGGACUGAUGACGACCAAGGAACUGAUGACGACCAAGGGGGCUCGGCCCCACGUCGGAUGCUGGGAGCGUUCCUGAAAACGGCGCCGCAACGGCAGUUGUUGCCUGCGCACAUGGGGGUGGCUAGCGAAGGGUUGCUGGACCUGUUGCGUUGCAUGCACGACUCCGCUGACGCGGCACGGACCGCAGAGUUCCUCUAUGCUAUGUAUAUCAGCGUGCCUAAAUCCAUCAUACUGCGACAGACAAAGAUGAAACGAGCCGCGAUUACUUAUAUGACCCGGAACGAACGUGUAGUAAGUCAGAACAAUCCGACCGGAUCGACAGGUACUGCGUCGUCGUCAACAGAAGUUAUGUACGAGGAGUCGGAGUUCAUUGAGCAGUGUUUGAUCGGGCAAUAUUGCAGUCCUUACCACUUACAAAACGGGUUGUACACAACACUAGGAUCGCGAUCAGCAUUUGUGAAGAAAUUGCGGCAGUCGAGUAUAGAUGCCAUGGACAUGGAUAACCAACUACUGGGCAAGAUCUUUAUGAGCUCCCUCUCCACCCAUAGUCCACCUCUACGCAUGUGGCAAAGCGCAGACGCUUUCCAGGCCCAACUUGACUGUCGUUUUGUGCGCGAUUCUAUUGUCGAUCUGCAUGGCUCGCUCUGCAACAGACUCGGUCCAAGCCUCACCCUCAUGGCCAUCCUCUGGACCGGUGCUGCGAUCCUCGCCCUACUCUCCUAUCUCACCGUCACCCUGUUUGGAUAA